AUGUGGUCCUACCGGCAUAGUCGUUCCCGUACAUCACCCAGUCAUCGCUCGUUCGCAGAUCCAUCUGAGGAUAUUCUGUUUGGCCCCGGAGGCGAGCUUUCGAUAGGCACUGAUCAAGAUGUUAACUCAGGAUCCGACCCGUCACCACAACCGCAGUCUCAGAACCAGCCACAAUUUCCUGCGGGUGCCACUUCCUCUGCCAUGAAUGCGGAUAAUCACCAGCCUACAGCGUCUGAAAGCGCUAUUCAAACCUCGGUUUCAGGCGCUUCUAAAGCCUCAGCCGACUCCGUCUCAUCUAUUAUCGCUGUCCUGUCCUCUACGUUCACAUCUCUCCCGGAAACUUCGGCUAUCUUGACGUCAAGCUCACUGACUGCUGCAUCUUCAUUGGCGACACACGCUACCGGCCUAAGCUCACCAUCUUCGUCGUCUCACACUCCUACAUCGUCCGUUGCUAGCUCGAGUUCUCCAUCGGCUGAUGGCGCUGCGUCGCAUUCCAUUUCGCCUCACACAGCUACAUUUGACGUCGGUAUUACGCUGGCUGCGCUAGUCGCUGCAGGGUUCUUCCUUAUGUUGCUCAAUUGGUGCGUCCGGACUCGCAAGCGCUCAAAACGGCGCGCUCUUGAAAGUGCAACCGCUUGGCCGUGGGAUCGUGAUACUCCCGGUGGUCUUAUUGGUGCUCGCGACAACCUAGAAACAGGCCUUGGGUCAUCAAUACCAGACGAUGAUCUGGGAAUAUGGGUCGGCGACGAGUCCAGAGGCCCUGACACUCUGACUUCGGCAUUCAGGCAAUACCAAGUGAGCGAGAGCCACGAAUUCAGUCAAGCCACUCUCCCGGAUAGUCAUGCGUACCCGCUCCCUCCUGCACACAUCAGCCUUAACACGCGCCUCGCCAGCCCGUACCCGACCGUGCAGGUCCGGAGCGCGAACAGCAGCGUGCCCGACCUCGCUCCAGACUUGGGAAUGCUGCAGGUAGCUAACUUGAUGCCGGGAGAUGUCUCGUCUGAUGGCGAAGCCAGUCGCUCGAACUCUGUGCUUGGAACAGAUGCCAUGUUCCUUGACUAUGGAACGCUGUACCAACCAAUGACGGGGGACCGGCCGCGUUUCCUGGGCAUCGAUGGAGGUGGACUCGAAGUGCCUUGGGCUCCUUUGCAUCCUCGCAGGCACCGCUCGAACGCCAGCUACCAGUCUGCUGAUGCCAGUGUCACUAGCGAGAACGAGCUCGGUGUUCUGCCAUUCCCAGGCGAGAACGAAGCUCAGACCGGAAACGAGACUGGAAGCUGGGCGGCUUCAAUUCGCUCCAACGUCGUGAACGCCUUCAAUGCUGUGGUCCAUGGCAAUGGUGAUGAUACGAAAGCGGCCGACAACCUGACGGUCUCACCUCAUCGUAAGAACCGGAGUCGCACAGGCCGCGGUCCGAAGUCUGGUGUGGGCAUCAUGUCAAGAGGAAGCUCUGUCCACUCGAUCGUUUCUGAUACGAAGGAAUGGACCUUGGAGGAGAAGAGCGACGGCACAGGCGUCGUGCAUAUCCUCCUCCAAGACGCGCCUGAACAGAAGCCUGUACGGAGUCCUAACGACGAUAUUCAAAAGCCGCCGGCAGCCUUUGUGAAGUCCCGCGACCGCGAAGUCCCGUCAUCACCUCCCUACUUGACUCGCACGGGCAAGGACGCGGAGGGCACGGCGACCGACGAUGUUGGCCCGCAAGUACUCAUCCUAUUGCUCCGCUGUCUCCGUCGGCUCGGACAUGUCGAGGGUAUCGAGUAUGUGUUCAGAGCACUUGACUGA